AUGUCAUGGUGUCCCGAUGAUCCUGGUCUAAUUCUGUCAAGCGGGAAGGACAAUCGCACGCUUUUAUGGGAUCUUUUCUCACGCAAGACUAUAAUCGAAUUUCCCUCAGAAUCACCCAACGCGCCUACAAUGGGAUCAGAUCAUUUCUUUGGGGGUGGUCUUGCCGGUCAGCGUCGUUGGAAUGUGCAGUGGUCUCCUCAGGUUCCUGCAGUAGCCUCAACGUGCUCACUUGACGGAAAACUUCAGAUUUGGGGACUUUCUGGAGGUGGCAACCCGGAUUGCCGUCCACCAAAAUGGAUGCGACGUCCAGCUGGCGCAUCAUUCGGAUUUGGUGGUAAAUUGGUGAUCGCUACUAACUCUCAAGAAACCUUAGCCCUCAACGGUGACCACUCUCGUCUUAUUCACAUGCAACGCGUGAUUAGUGACCCAGCUUUGGUGGCCGAAGCGGAAAAUUUGGAUCGCUCGUUAGAGUCUAAAGAUUUUAAAGGUUACUGUGAGCAGAAGAUUGCAUCGGCAACAACGGCUGAGGAGCGAAGUGUUUGGAGUUUUAUGAAAAUUUUGUUUGAAAAAGAUGCUCGGCAACAUUUGCUGCUUCACUUGGGGUUGGAUGCUGAGAAAAUUAACAAAUGGAACGCCAAGUUCAGUCCGGAGGCUGCGGCACAGCAAGCUACGACCCCAGCUGCAGCGCAGAUACCAGGAGCUCAAGUUGAUCCUGUUACCGGUGCGCUGCUAAGUGACCGAAUUGAUUCGGGUAUGGGAGCGGACGAUGUUUUUUCAUCGGGAUAUCAACCGAACGAAGGUGAUGAGUCUCUUACCCCCGCACCCACGCUAACAGACGUCUCAUCUCUAGUCGCGGCGCUUCCUUCUCCUUUGGACGAGGACAAAAGCCAGCGUGUGGAUGCAGCCCCAGCACCUGUUUACACUGAAGAAUCCGAAAAUACUUUGAUGCAAGCGCUAUUGGUAGGAAACUUUGAAGUUGCUGUCAACUGCUGCUUGGCGUACAAUCAGCUUGCAGACGCUUUGUUGCUUGCUUCCUGUGGUGGCCCUGAGCUUUGGGAGACAACCCAGCGCGCGUUCUUUUCCCACCAGCAACGCCCUGUGAUGCGCGUGGUGUCAGCGAUCAUUAAAAAUGAGCUGAGUGAGCUCGUUGAUGUGUGUGACUUGUCUGAAUGGCGCGAGACCCUGGCAAUCUUAAGCACAUAUGCUAAGAGCGAAAAAUUUCCGUCACUUUGUGACAAGCUGGCCACCCGAUUGGAGGCGGCUGGCGACUUGCAUUCUGCAACAUUGUGCUUUAUGUGCGCUGUGAAUAUCGAAAAGACUGUGAAUGCAUGGUGUAAGGAAAGCGAAUACGAGGCACAUACCCAUGGUCACACAUUCGCACUCCACCGUCUUGUUGAAAAAGUAUCUGUGUUUGCAGCAGCUGUCGACCAGCCUGACCAAUCCAUGGGCCCUGAGGUGGCCCAGCGUUUUGCUGAAUAUGCUUCUUUGAUGGCGGCGGAAGGUCGUCUGGACAUUGCUGCGAAGUACGCACGCUUCCCGGAUCUGAGUUGUGCGAUAUUGAAAGAUCGAAUUUACCACGCUUAUCCGACGCAGAACUAUCAUCCACCUCCUUUUCCGUUCGACGUGGUACAGGUUCAAACCCAGGCGCAGCUUCAGCAGCAGCAACAACAACAACAGCAGCAACAACAACAACAGCAGCAACAACAACAGCUACAACAGCAACGACAACAACAGCGCCAGGCUGCUCAGCAACCCAGAGGUUACGGCAACAAUCACGCCUACGGACCAGGAGCUACUUUUGGCACUACAACAGCGCCAACGCUAGCUCCUGCUGCUCCUAUACCAACGCCUGGCGUAUACGGGGGCCAAGGAGGAGGAUUCCAGCCGCAACAGCAUGCUUCAGCACUACCGCCUGCUCUUCCGGUCCGCCCUGGCGGCUAUCAGUCUUUGCCCCAACAGCCUGCGUUCGCCGCCACACCUGGCCUACCCCCGCAACCGCAACAGCCCGGAGGUUACCCGAGCCAGCAACAGCCCGGAGGUUACCCGAAUCAGCAGCAGCCCGUAGGUUAUCCAACCCAACAGCCACUUGGAGGGUACCCCAACCAACAGCCAUCAAGAGGUCAUCUGAAGCAGCAGCCCCCUGGAGGAUUCUCUCACCAGCAGCCAACAGGAGGGUACUCGAACCAGUCACAGCCAUCGUUUCCCAGCCAACCACAACCGUCUCCAUAUGCUGGGAAUUCUGCAACAUCGCCAUUCCCGGGUCAAUCUACUGCUUCUUCUUACCGAGGGCAGGCACAACAGAAUCUAGCGUCUCCGCAGCAGCCUGGGUACGGCCGUCAACAGCAGCCAGGCUUCCCCGUUCAACAAACUCCUCAGCCAGGGUUUCCUUCUGGCCCUCGCUCCUCGUCAGGAGGCCGCCAACAGAUGUACUCGGGUCCACCCUCGGCAGGUGGAACACCUCACAUGUCUUGCAUGGCGUCACCGGCUUAUGGUAGUACCCAUUCCGGAAGUAAUAAUGGCGCUCCCACUCCAGCUUCUGCCUCUAUCCCUCAAGGUACGGGAAUCAACCCACUCACCGCUGCGAUGGGAUCUUCACGUAUUUCGAAGCCCUCAGUUGAUAUGAGCUCGCACCAACGCGACGGAUUCGUCAGCAGUGUUGGCAAUAAGGAGUUAACACUUAAAUAUGGGAAUGCUACCACAGCCUCUCUUUCGCCCUUGGCAAAUGCAGGCCCGAAGGCUAAUGACCUACCCCCGAACGUUGUGCCGGGCAGCACUGAAAAUGUUGGGCCUCAAGACCUACCAAUCGUAAACUCGUUUAACGACCUCGUGAGUCAGCUUUUAAGUCUUCCUCUUACUAUGAUGGAGCAGAAACAGCUGCAGGAGAUCCAAAAAGGCAAGGAAAUUAUGUUCACCAAGCUUAAUGUUGGUGCGCUGGCGCCCGAUGUUGUUUCCCGACUGCAUGAAAUGGUAAAAUGCUUUGAACAGCGCAAUUUUGUAAGGGAGGUAGAACGCGACAGCAACGUAUCGCACGAAGACCACACUCAGCGGACUGUAGAGUGUAUUUGGCAGUACACCAGAAAACAAAGUGAGUUAAGUGCGGCUAAGAAAGUUGCAAAACAGACAGGUUUCAAAUUCGUAAUUCCGGGCUAUUACGGCCGUGAGCACACGGCGAGAUGCAUCUGCGACUGUGAUGCGCCCGGUGGCACAGGGCAAAAAUUCUCCACUGAUGUGCAUGACCAUGAGCUUUUAUUUUUGAGAAGCACGAGUUGCAAGAUAAGCCAAUGGUACUCUGUUCCUCGAAAAGAAUAUCAUUAA